GCCCUUACAAUAUUAGAUAGAUGUACAUUUGACGAAACGAAAGUAAUAAACUUCGCCGGUCCCUGAGAGCUCACGCAUUUCUAAGCUUGUAUUAACCUAGUAUUUCUAAGCUAAGUGGCCUUUAAAAAAAAAAGAAGUGCAUACAGUCUAAAUCUAAAUUCUUUACCAAAAAGAAAUGAUACGUGUAAGCCUACUUCUCAUUUGUCUUGUGGGCAGUUCCUACUGCCUUUAUGGUCCAGGGGAUGAUGUUGUUGAAUUAACACCCAGCAACUUCCACAAGCUUGUCAUAGACAGCAAUGAAUUAUGGCUUGUUGAAUUCUAUGCACCAUGGUGUGGGCAUUGUCAAGCUUUAACCCCAGAGUGGAAGAAAGCAGCCACAGCUCUCAAGGGAGUGGUCAAGGUUGGUGCUGUUAAUGCUGAUGAACACAAAGGUCUAGGAGGACAGUAUGGUGUUCAAGGGUUCCCAACAAUAAAAGUGUUUGGGGCUGACAAGUUUAAGCCCACAGAUUAUCAGGGGCCACGAACAGCACAAGGUAUAGUGGACUCUGCUAUAAGCUCAGUGACCAGCAUGGUGAAAACUCGGCUGUCAGGUGGGAAGAGCAGUGGAGGAGGGAAGAGCUCUGGAGACAGCAAAGAUGUGGUUGAGUUGACAGACAGUAAUUUUGAUGAGAAAGUUCUCAAGAGUGAUGACAUGUGGCUAGUUGAGUUUUAUGCCCCAUGGUGUGGCCACUGUAAAAACCUUGCUCCACACUGGGCUUCAGCUGCCACUGAGCUGAAGGGGAAGGUCAAGCUGGGAGCAUUGGAUGCCACUGUUCAUACAGUCAUGGCCAGCAGAUACGGAAUCCGAGGUUUCCCCACAAUCAAGUUUUUCCCAGCUGGUAAGAAAGAUCAAGAAGGUAUUGAGUAUGAUGGAGGUAGAACUUCUGGUGACAUUGUCCGCUGGGCACUUGACAAAUUAGCUGAGAACAUUCCACCUCCAGAAGUUGAACAGCUGACAGAUAGCACUGUUCUAAAGAAAGCCUGUGAUGACCACCAACUGUGCAUAGUUUCUGUGUUGCCCCAUAUCUUAGACUGCCAGUCUAAGUGUAGAAACAACUACCUUGAGGUCUUGAAGAGACUUGCGGACAAAUACAAGAAGCAAAUGUGGGGUUGGGUUUGGUCCGAGGCUGGUCAACAGACAGAAUUGGAACAAAGUUUAGAAAUGGGAGGAUUUGGUUGGCCUGCUUUGGCAGCUGUAAAUUCCAGAAAGAUGAAAUUUUCACUUUUGAAAGGUGCAUUUAGUGAAUCUGGUAUUAAUGAAUUUUUGAGGGAUCUCUCCUUUGGCAAAGGUUCCACAGCACCACUUAAGAAUGCUAAACUGCCAGAGGUAAACUCAGUAGAAAAGUGGGAUGGCAAGGAUGGAGUGUUGCAAGUUGAUGAUGACAUUGAUCUGAGUGAUGUGGAUCUGGAUGAGAAGGAGGAGUUAUAAGUUCAUCCUUGGAGAUGCCAUCAUUUUUUUGUUUGUUUGCUGGAGGGCAGAAUGGGAUCAAGCCAUUGUUAGCAUUCACAGUUUGAGUUUUUUUUUCUCUGCAACAGUGUCUUAAAUAUUAAUAGGUAAUUAAUAUUUAAUUACCUCUAAUUAGCUGCUGUUGACGUUCAUAGACCACAUUUUGGUCAUUUCUUAAAUAUUUAAAACUGACACUUGGUUCAGAAUUCCAUAUUGUACCCUGUUGAAAGUUACAUUUAAAAAUGAUCAAAUGAGAUGUAAUGUUUAGUAAUUAGAAAGAUUUAAUGCAGCCCCAAUACUUAUUCAUUUCCAUAUUGUAUUAUUCAACUUGAAUGAAUGUGCUUAUGUCUCCAUUGUGUGUAUACAUAUAUAUAUAUAUAUUUAUGUACUGAUAUUUAGUGUUGGAGCUGCUGUGUAAUUGAACAAGAUAAUAUAGUUCUGAUGAAGUAAGUGUAUUAUGAUUGGGAACAUGUCAGAUCCAUAGCAUUACAAUUGGUUGUUUUACCCCCUAUUUUUUUUUAUUUCUUCUCAUUGUUAUUUUAUAUCUUGUUUUAUAAUUUAUAUUUCUGCUUUCUUGGUUUCAGUUUUGUUGAAUCAAAUCUCAUACUUUAGUUCUGUUGUGUGUUGUGGUCAUGUCACCCCCCCCCCUUUUUUUUUUUCAUACUAAUGUUUUAUCAGUCAUCUGUUUGUUUUUUAAAAAUGUUGACACAUUUUAGUCAAAUAAAAUGAUACAAUUGAAAAGUUUAA